GGAGCUCGUCCACCCCGCGCUCCGCUCGCCCGCCGCCCGCCGGAGCGCCCGCGCAGCCCCCGCCGCUCCGCGCCCCGUAGGUCCGAGAUCAGCCCAGCGGCUCAGAAGACAAAGGCAAGUGCUUCCACGAUGUCGUACAGACGAGAGCUGGAGAAGUACCGUGACCUGGAUGAAGACAAAAUUCUGGGCGCCCUCACGGAGGAAGAGCUCCGGACCCUGGAACACGAGCUGGAUGAGCUUGACCCUGACAAUGCAUUGCUGCCUGCAGGCCUGAGGCAGAAGGACCAGACCACCAAGGCGCCCACGGGCCCCUUUAAGAGAGAGGAGCUCUUGGAUCACUUGGAAAAAGAAGCCAAGGAGUUUAAGGACCGAGAAGACCUGGUCCCCUACACGGGGGAGAAACGAGGAAAAAUCUGGGUCCCCAAGCAGAAGCCAGUGGAUCCUGUGUUGGAAACUGUGACACUGGAGCCGGAGCUGGAGGAGGCUUUGGCAAACGCCUCUGCUGCAGAGCUCUGUGACAUCGCCGCCAUCCUGGGGAUGCACACGCUCAUGAGCAACCAGCAGUACUACCAGGCCCUGGGCAGCAGUGCCAUCGUGAACAAGGAAGGGCUCGACAGUGUGAUUAAACCUACACAGUACAAGCCCGUGCCCGACGAAGAGCCAAACUCAACUGAUGUGGAGGAGACGCUGGAGCGGAUAAAGAACAACGACCCAAAGCUCGAGGACGUCAACCUGAACAAUAUCCGGAACAUCCCCAUCCCCACCCUCAAGGCCUACGCGGAAGCCCUGAAGGAAAACCCCUACGUGAAGAAGUUCAGCAUCGUGGGGACGCGGAGCAGCGACCCCGUGGCGAAUGCCCUCGCCGAGAUGCUCAAGGUGAACAAAGCGUUGAAGACGCUCAACGUGGAAUCCAACUUCAUUUCUGGGGCUGGGAUCCUGAGGCUGGUGGAAGCCCUUCCACACAACACUUCUCUGGUGGAGCUGAAAAUCGACAACCAGAGCCAACCCCUGGGCAACAAAGUGGAAAUGGAGAUCGUGAGCAUGUUGGAAAAGAACACGACGCUGCUCAAAUUCGGCUAUCACUUCACCCAGCAGGGGCCCCGGCUGCGGGCAUCCAACGCCAUGAUGAGCAACAACGACCUGGUGAGGAAGAGGAGGCUCGCAGACCUGACGGGUCCCAUCAUCCCCAAGUGCCGGAGUGGCAUCUAGGCCAGGCGGGAUGCCUGCCCGCGAGCUGGACGUGUCCUUCUGAUGACGUGUGCGCUGCAGUGGACACCGGAAGGCAGGACGCCAGCCCAGAACCUGUUUGUGGUUCAAUUAUUGAUGCACUAAGGUUUUAGGUUAACUAGUGGUUGUAGUUGAAAAUUUUAUAAGAUUUGAUUAAUGUGAAGUUUUCCUUUAGUCAUGAAGUCCAGCCUGGUUAUUACUUAAAAACUCCAACGCUCUCCAACUGGCAGAACUUCCUGAGGACGACGUCACGGCAGAGACGCAGCCCGGGGGCGAGUCAGAGGCUCUGCUGUGCGGGGUUCCAGGGGCUCCGCAAGUGUGACCCACGUGCGCGAACAGCACCCCCUUCCGCACGUUUUACAGGCAUCAUACAAUUCUUUACUGCAGAUUCGAUCUUAGCUACUCGGCAGACAGAGCAGAUAAUCAUUCUUUAUUAACCCUUCUUUAAUCUUCAUAAAUUCAAGAUUAAAGGGGCCAAACUGCUUACUGGAUCGGGAACCCAGUUUUUCCCCUCAAGACAGACAGCCAGCCAGGAGCCACGGAGCUCUGCCGGGAAUCGAAGAACACGCGAUUCCUUUUGCUGGAUGUAAGGAAAUGACAGAAAAAGGCAAUGGCAAAACGCCAGGGUUCUUUCCUUCCUAAUCCCAAGCAGGAAACGUUUCCGAGUGUUCUCUGUGAACAUCUGAGGUUUACAAUUCAACGCUGGAGUUGGACGGGGUUUUUCCGUAUCAAAUGCCAGCCUCGUGAAGGACGUGAAAACCUGCAUCGCAUGGUGGGCGAAAAGAUGUCCAAGCAGGGCUGGGGCCAAACCCCAGUUCAACGAAAUCCUGGCCCCCCACGGCUGCAGCAUGAGCCUGGCGGAGCGUAGAUUUCAACUGCCUGUCUCAUCGCUUCGUAAGCAACCCAAACGGCCUCCAUGCUGGUAAAUUAUGCCUCUGGAGGACAGUGGUGAAGAAAAUCCAGAUAUUAAUGAACUAGGAAAUCCUGGCCAAAACAUCCUAAGAUGAUUAUUCUGAACAUGUAAUUCUGGCAUUUCUGCCGCAGCCCUUUGUAACAUUAUGUGCAUCUCUUGGGAUCCAGCAAAAAUGUUAAGCUAUAAUGCCCUUGUGCCUUUCAAUAUACCACAGUGCCAGUUAAACUAGCAUUUAUAUUGCCUUGGGGAGGUAUUUUCAUUUGAUUCAAAUAAUCUUAAAAUAAUAGGGCAGGGUAAAAGAACAGUGAGUGCAGACUAAGCUGCAGGGCACUGAGCAGAGGGGCUUUUCAUUAAAGAGGUAUAAACAGUCAUGUGCACUGGACUCGAGGACGUGGGUGGUCCAGGGGGACUGGGUGGGGGGCAGAGGCUACAGGGCCGGCCACGCCCCCUCAGCCUCGCCCUGCUGCACAGCUGCAGCUGCGUUCUGCACCACCGGAAGCUGCAACGUAACAUUAAACCUGCUGGUCUCUGCA